AGAAGGGGGGGAACGAAGAGAGUUUUGUGGCGGCUGCUCCUGUUCUGGAUCCAGCGGCGGCUCCCUGGCGUUCUUCCUCCUCCAUGGCAGUCUACUGGAUCUGGACGCCGGCAGCUCCUCCUCCUCCUGGACGUCCCCUUCUACCAGUUCAGGAAUAGCAAAGGUGGGCACUAAGUACUAUUAUGGAGUCAGGAGGAGAUGAUGCUGAUGCUAGUGCAGCAGCAACAACAGCAGAAGAGAGAGCAAAGAUUCUCAAGAGGAAUUCCGAUGAUAUGGGUUGGGCCUAUGGUCAGCUGGUUGAUCCUAACAACCUUCAAAGAGUAAGGUGCAAUUUCUGCAGCCAGAUUUUCACAGGAGGAAAUUUCCGGCUGAAGCAACACAUUGCGGCAAACUCAAAUGCGGUGAGGACCUGCCUGCGGUGCCCACAAGAAGCUAAAGAAGCUUGCUUAAAAGCUUUGAAGAAAAGACAGCAAAGAAGCAAAAGAACUAUGAGCACGAGAAGGCUGUGAGAGAUGCUGUUGUUAUUGAUGCAUCAUUCACUCCUCAAGGUCAAGCUCGAGAUGAUGAUGAACUCACUUGUAUUGGUAGCUCACAACCUCAUGUGUUAGGUCCUAUAGAUAAGUGGACACGUACCAUUGACCCCAAGUUAUGCGGAGAAGCAAGACUCAAGCAAAUGAAGAUUAACAAGGCAGCAUGGGAGGAGAGAUCACUUCGAGCACAUGAGUACAUUGCAAGAUGGGUGUAUAGUGUAUACACAUGCAAUACCGUUCAAUGCAAUUGACAAUGAUGAGUUUAGGCAGAUGGUUCAGGCCAUUGGUCAAUUUGGUGCAGAUCUAGAUCCACCUAGUCAAUAUGAUCUCCGGGAGACUUUGCUGAAGUCUGAGUAUGCAAGAACCAAGAGUGAACUCAAGGACCGAGAGGUUGAGAAGGGAAAGCAUGGUUGCUCUCUCAUGACUGAUGCUUGGACUGACAUGAAGAGGAGAAGCAUUAUGAAUCUAGUCAGACAUUGCUCGGAAGGUGUUAGCUUCAUCAAGUCAAAGGAAACAUCAGACACACCGCAUACAAGUGAGAUGAUCUUCAAUCUAGUUGACAAGCCAAUUGAAGAAUUAGGUGUUGAACAUGUGGUGCAGGUUGUGACUGACAAUGCUUCGAACAACAUGGGAGCUAAGGAUCUCUUGAAAGUGAAGAGGCCGAAGAUAUUUUGGAGCUCGUGUGCGACUCACACUGUCAAUUUGAUGCUCCAAGGGAUUGACAACUUAGCUAAGUUCAAGAAGAUAAUUGAUCAAGCCAAGGCUUUCACAAUAUUUGUGUAUGGGCACCAUCGCAUCUUAGAGUGCAUGAGAUCCUUCACCAAGAAGAGAGAAAUCAUAAGGCCGGGAGUAACUAGAUUUGCUUCUCAAUUCCUCACUUUGCAAAGCCUUGCAGACAAGGCUGAUUCGCUAAGAAAGAUGGUGGUUUCCUCUAAGUGGGAUAAGAUCAAGGAUGUGCACUCAAAGAAAGGAAAGGAUGCUACAGCCAUAAUGCUCAACAAGCCCUUCUGAAAGGGUGUGAAUCUUUGCAUCAAGGUGUUCGAGCCGUUGGUGAAGGUCCUCCGGUUGGUUGAUGUGAUGCACGGCCCUCAAUGGGCUUGUGUAUGGAGAGAUUGUGAAGGCAAAGAAAGAAAUCAAAGUGGCCUUUGGUAACAUCAAGGCGCGGUACAAAGAUGUGUUAGCUAUAGUUGAAAAGAAGAUGAAAGAUAGGCUUGAUGCCCCACUGCAGUUGACUGCAUAUUUGUUGUAUCCACACUAUAGCUAUACAGAUGACAACAUAUUUGAUUCUGUUGACAUCAAUACAACCUUUUAUUCUUGUGUGGAGACAUUCUAUCAUGGUGAUGAAAACAUGCAAGACAAAGUUGUGAACUAUGAAAUAAGCAAGUUCCAAAGCAGAGAGGGUUUCUUUGCAAAGAAGCUUGCUAGGACUUGCCAAAACUUUGACUACAGUCCUGUGGCUUGGUGGAGAAUGUAUGGAGGUGAGACACCAGGGCUGAAGGACAUGGCUAUGAAGAUCCUUUCUUUGACCUCAAGUUCUUCCGGUUGUGAGAGAAAUUGGAGUUGUUUUGAGUCGGUUAGUUUCCAAAGCUGAAUUUGUUCCAAUGCUUUGUCAAGUUCAUAUUAACUAGUUCCACUAGUAGCAUUGGCACUUGUAGAUACAUACCAAGAGGAGAAAUAGACUUACAACAGAUCGCCUCAAUCAGCUUGUGUACAUCCAGUUCAACUCAAGGCUGUUAUCCAAGAAGAAAAAGAUCAAGCAGAGGAAGAACAUUGAUGUUCUCAGUACUGAUGCAUCCGAAGCACAAGGCUUCUUGUUUGAGGGAGGAGAUGAUCAUGCUUUCAUGGUGUUUCCAGAUGGAGAUGAGGGAGCAGAUGGCAUACCUUGGAGUGUGGUUGGAGAUGCUAUGGGAACCAGUGAACAACUUGAGCUUCGUCGAAGUGCAAGGGUUAGAGAUCUCCAUGAUGAAGAGUUUGAGUCAGACGAAGAAGAAGUAGAGGAGACAGAUUCAGAGGAGGAGGACAUAAGAGUACGAGGAUGAUGAAGAUGAAGUGGUGACUGUGCGCACUUAUGUGGAUGAGGACUGAUCCAUGAAGUCAUGAACUGCUACUUGGUUGCUGUUGCUGCUGCUUGGCUGUUGCUGCUGUUUGGUUGCUGCUGCUUGGCUGCUGCUGCUGCUGCCAUUUAUCUUAUAUGCUCUAAGACUAUAUUGUGCAUUUAUGCUUGCUGUGUGAACCACUGCACCUUAUUCUUAUGUGUUAUUUGGCUA